AAUAAUCUAUCAGGGGAAAUUUCUGACAACAUUACAAGCCUCUCAAAAUUGGUCAACAUGAAUCUCUCUAUGAACCACUUGACAGGAAAAAUUCCUGAGAGCAUUGGGAAUUUAAAAAAUUUGGAAUCACUUGAUCUGUCAAGAAACAAACUUUCCGGCCCAAUUCCACAAAACUUGUCGUCCUUGACAUUCUUGAGUCACUUGAACUUGUCAUUCAACAACUUGUCGGGUAUAAUUCCAUCUGGGAAUCAACUCCAAACUCUCAAUGAUCCAUCCAUUUACCAAGGUAAUUCUUUACUCUGUGGACCUCCUCUUUCAACAAUAUGCCCAGGGGAACAAACUGAUCCUGAAGCGAGACCAAAUGGAGCAGAAAAGAAUGAUGAAGUGGGAUUUGAGUCGUUAUCAUUCUACAUUAGCUUGGUAGCUGGCUUUAUUGUUGGGUUUUGGGGAGUUUGUGGCACACUUGUUGUUAAAAAAUCAUGGAGGCAAGCUUACUUCCAAACCUUUGAUAAUUUGAAAGACAAGAUUUAUAUUUUCAUCAAGGUCAAAGUUGCUCGCUUGACAAGAGAAAGAUGAAGUUGGAGGAAGAUUCAGGACAA